AUGGGACGAUUUGAUAAUUCAAAUCAAUCAAUUUUAUUUAAUUCCUGCAUAGAACCAGCUGCUUCGACAUCAAUAAAAACAUCAUUAUCAUCAAAUGUAAUAAAAACAACUGGAACAGGAACUUCAAUAGAAGGCAUUAUUCCAAUUGCAUCACUUUUCUCUUCAACAGAUUUUGCUCAACCAUCUACAACAACAAAAAAAACGCCACCACCACCACCACCACCUUAUACUCCGAUGAAACGAUUAGUACCACUUCAUCAAACUGAACAAGAAAAUGAACAAACAUCAAUAAAUCCAUCAACCAAUCCUACUGUUAUACGAUCAAAAAAUGAAAGUACUUCUUCAUUGGGUUUUACACGUCCGGGAACAGAUCGUAUAAGUGCACGUGAUCGUAUAUCAUCAACAUUAAAUGUUUAUCCUCAACAAUAUCAACAUAUACUAACUAAAUCUUUGACAUCAUGUGAUAUACAUGACAUGAAUCAAGAACUUUGUUCUGUUUGUCAUCAACGUGCUAAACGAAAUAUACCAGUUUAUUUACAUGAAGAAAAACGUAUGCGUGAAGCUGAAGAAGAAAAACUACUUGAACAAUAUCAACAUAAUCGAGAUCUUGAGGAACAAAAAAAACUUGAAGCAGCUAUGAAAGUAGCUCGAGAAGAAAAACAAAAAAUAGCUGCUUUUAAUUUAGGUAUUGCACAAGCAACACGAGCUAAAAAAUUAGAACGACCACAAACAACUGAUAUACCGCGUUCAAUUAUAUUUCGAAAACGUGUUAAAACACCACCUGGUUAUAUUCGACAAAAAGAUUUUGCUAAACAAUUAGAAACUCAAAUUAAAUUAAAACAAGAUGAACAACAUUCAGAAAAACGAGAUAAAGAUUUUAUUGAACGUUUAGAACAAAUACAAUUAGCUGAAUCAUUGGCACAAGACCGAGAUAAUUAUUUCAAAAAUAAACGUCGUCAUCAAGAAGAAUUAAAGAAUGCUUUAGAUAAUCAAAUUCGUAAUAAAUCUACUGGAUUACCUACUUGUGAAGCUGAAACGCCUUAUUUUGGUUUAAAUGAUAUAUCAUCUGAACAAUUACAAGAACAUCGUCGUCAUGCAAUAGAAAUUGUUCGUCAACAAAAAGAUCUUAUUGAACAACGACAACGACAACAAUUACUUAAACAAAUAAAAGAUCAAGAAUAUGAAGUUAAAGUAUUAAAUACAAUGAAAGAAGAUCUUUUAUCGGAAAAUCAUGAACGACAUCGUCGUGAUAUAACAAUACGUAAAGAUCUCGAAACAAAUUGGGUGGAAGCUACAAAUGAAAAACGUAAACGUGAUCAAGAUGAAAAAAUAUAUUUAAAAGCUCCACAAGGUAUUCUUGUACAUGAACAAUGUGAUCAAUAUAAGCGAUGUGUUCAAUGUCAACGUAAUCUAAAUAAUCAGGGUAAAAGUAAUUUUUGGAAAGAUACACGAUAUAUACCUGGAACACAUAUCAUGGUUUAA